GAAAACGAAAAAACACUCAGGCUUGAUAACAAAAAAUAAACAAUAAACCGCAAUCGAGAGACAAAUUUCAAUUAAAACAUUCAGUUCUUAUCGCAUUCAUUGCUCGAUCGCCUUUUUUUGAAGUAGCUGUGAAAACUUGUCAUGUCAAUCAAAAUGAGAUUUAGCGCUAAUCUUGGAUUUCUCUUUCGUGAAUCGUCAAAUAUUCUCGAGCAGUAUCGUUUAGCUAAGCUAGCUGGCUUUAGUGCAGUGGAACAUCCAUUUCCUGAGAGUAAUAUUAAUCAUGAUGAAUUGUUGGCUAUAAAAGUUGAAAGUAAAUUGGAAGUGGCAUUAGUGAAUAUUGAACUAGAUGAUGCAAAAUUUGGAUGUGCUUCAAUGCCUAAUAAAAAAAAUGAUUUUCAUCAAAGACUUGAGAAUACAGUCAAGUUUGCGAAGAAGUUUGAUUGCAAGAAGAUCCACUUGAUGAGUGGAAAGCUUGAAAGUUCACCAACAAAUGAGAAUCGUGAAACUUUUGUCGCAAAUUUAAAAUAUGCAGCACCAUUUUUAGAAAAAGAAGGUAUGAUUGGAGUUAUUGAACCAAUCAACAAUUAUUCUGUGCCUGGUUAUUUUCUUCGAGAUUAUAAAUUUGCUAUUGAGGCUAUAAAAAAAGUUGGAAGUAAUAAUAUUAAGCUUAUGGUGGAUAUUUUCCAUCUUCAAAUGAUUCAAGGUAACAUUAUUAAUAGCUUAAAAGAUUUCGCACCAUACAUCGGCCAUAUCCAAAUUGCUCAAGCACCAAACAGAAAUGAGCCAAAUACGGACGGAGAAUUAAACUAUAAAUAUAUCCUGGCAGAAAUUUCUAAAAUUGGAUACGAUGGAUAUAUUGGAUUAGAAUAUAAGCCAUUGACAAGCACAGUUGAUGGUCUAAAGUGGUUGAAGGAAUUUGGUUUGGAUAUUUGAGAUUUUAAGAUGGUUGAAGAGUUUGUCAUGCAAUUGUGAUUGUAAUGCAUGUCAUGUUGUGUUGUGCUUGUGAAAAUUAUCUUAUGAAAUAUUGAAUUAUUUAGACCACAUUAUACAGGGUAUUAAGCAAGAAAAUUACUGUUUUGUUGUUCAACUAAUCUUGUAACGUACUUGUAAACUUUGAAAAUUAUGAAAUGGUUCUUAAUUGAAUUCUAUCUACAAUUAAAAUAGUUUUUUUAUAUUUAUUAAUUGAUUCUAAGCUGGUAAUUGGUAUUUUUCUUACCUAGUAUCUGUAUCAAGUUGCUUCUUCUUGUAGAAUUUUAUAUUUUAACGGUUUUUAAACAUUCAAAAAUUAUUUGUGCUGUUGUAAGGUUUUGAAAUUCAAACAAAAAAUGGCUGUUAAAUUUAAUAUCAUUGUUAAAUGUUGAAAAUUUCUUUAAAUAUUUGGUCUAUAAUAUUGAAAUAUCAAGCAAACUAGCUAAAAUAUUAUCCAAUUGUCGAUUUUAUCUACCUACUUCAAGUUUACAUACAAUUUUCAAAAUGUUGCUCAAAAUUACCAAUUAAUACGGUUUUCUUAAAAACUGUUGAAGUGUUUUAAAAUUC